AUGACUGGAACUAUGAAAGCAGUGGUCUUCAAGGGACCUCAUAAGAUUGCUGUUGAGGACCGGCCGAUCCCAACGAUUGUGGAUUCAACAGAUGUGAUUAUCAAGGUCUCAUACACGGCGCUGUGCGGGAGCGAGUUGCAUGUAUUCCGAGGCCACCAACCCAGCGGGACUGGAUUCAUCAUGGGCCAUGAGUUCACGGGAGAAAUUGUAGAGGUUGGGCCAGGUGUGAAGGAUUUUAAGAGGGGAGAUAAGGUCGUUGCGCCGUUUACAGCUUCAUGCUUGGAAUGCUUCUACUGCAAGCAAGGGCAGACCUCCAGAUGCGAGAAGUCAUUGUUGUUCGGCUGUCCCAAGCUGGAUGGCGCGCAGGCGGAAUAUGUGCGAUGUCCUAUGGCGGAUGGAACUCUGUUUCUGGCACCGCAAGAGAUCCCAGAGGAGACGUUGGUGUUAAUGGCGGAUAUUUUCCCAACUGGCUACUUCGCCGCCUCCAAUGGCCUCUCUCAACUCACGCCCGCCCAGCGCUCAGAAACCACCGUGGUACUGAUUGGCUGCGGCCCCGUCGGCCUCUGCGCGCUCAUAGCCGCGGUCUCCAUGAAACCCAAACACAUCUUCGCCAUUGACUCUGUACCGUCUCGUCUGGCGCUUGCAGAGUCCCUCGGCGCCGAGCCGCUCAACUUCAUGACCGACGGGGAGGGGAUGAAGCGGCGUAUCCUGGAGGCCACGGAGGGACGCGGCGCGGAUGUAGUAAUUGAAGUGGUGGGAAUGAGUCCAGCCCUCAGGACCGCGUAUGACGUGAUGAGGCCAUGGGGUGUGAUUAGUAGUGUGGGUGUGCAUAAUGGGGAGAUACCGUUUUCGGGGAACGAGGCGUACAAUAAGAAUGUGAGAAUACAGUUUGGAAGGUGUCCCGUUAGGGCGGUAUUUCCGGAGGCGUUGGAACUGUUGAAGCAGAAGUCGCAUUUACUGGGGUUCAUGGCGGAUAAGAUCAUGCCGCUCUCGCAGGCGGAGGAGGGGUAUGAGAUUUUCGACAAGAUGCAGGUCCAGAAGGUCAUAUUCAAGCUUUAA